AUGAUGCUCGGCGUUCCUGCGUCGGCUACUGCUGCAGUCGAUUUGGAGGGUCCUCGCCGCACUCAGGUUCGUAACUCGCUCCUCGGUAAUGGCUUUCACAUUCCCAGCAUCAUGUGCAUUUUGUCUUUGCUGGUCUGUCUGUGUGAUGCCAAGCCGCGCCUUCUUCAGCCUUCGCCAGACUGGGAGCUCAGGGCCAGGCUCCAUCAUACCGUGUGGGAACCAGGAUUCUUGGAGUCUUUGCCGGACCUGUUGGGACCUGAGGAUGUUGUGCGGGACAUGCGCUCACAAUUCCCACGAAUCCCGGUUCCCGACAGUGUGUGGCAUGAUGUAUCUCGGCGUCUGCAUUCCUGCAAUUUGCUUUUGCCUCAGGCGUUUACGGCUUUUGCACGGGGCCGUGGCCUCCAGUGGGAUGUUCUCCCGCCGCAUGCUCUUUCUGCAAGGGAUCGCACACGUGUUUUCGCGGGCAAUGGAGGCCAGCGCUUCUCUUCGGAAUCCGCUCGCGGGCUAGAUUUUGUGCUGCCUCCAGGCCUCGGCAAGCACGACCACAUGCGGCACGCGGCUGAGCUACCUUCUCCUUUCGCGCCACGCCCUUGGCCCGAGGUCGAUGUUGCUUUCGUCGCGGAGUCUAUCCGUGUGUGGCGGCACGAUCUCCCCUUGCUGGCAUCUCGACAACGGCAUGUGCUCCGUACAUUGUGCGUCGCUGUGAAACCGCUUCUCUUGGUACUUGACAAGUUUCGGUGCGAGUCCUCCAAGCGUGUCGCAUCUUUGAAGAACCCGGCUUUUCUGGCAUGCAUUACUGCACUUCUGCGUUGGCCAGAUUUCCAGCAAGCUGAACAGUUCGUUCUCGGUUUCCCGAUUGUUGGUUCUUUGGAUCAUUCGGGGGUCUUUCGUCACGUGUCGUGUGGAGGCGACGACUUUGAGGACCCGGAGUCGUGGCUCACACGUGAGGGUAUCUGUGCAGUGGACUCCUUGCUGCAAAAGGGCCCACCGCGAGACCACGCCCUCAUCCUUGAGGUCACGCUUCAAGAAGUCGAUAAAGGUUUCUGCAGCGCCUUGAUGACACGCCAAGAAGUUGACAAUCUGUUCGGCCGCGGGCGUUGGCGCCCGUUGGAGCGCUUCGUCAUCCACCAAGCCGACAAGAGCAGGGUGAUUGACAAUGCCAGGCGGACGGGUCACAAUUGCCAUACUGACAUGCCGGAAACGAUCCAUACAGUCAGUGUUGACUUUGUGGCUUGCUGUAUCCGCGACGUUCUACGCUGCCUGGAGCCGUCGCAGCACUCUGCGCGACCAGUCCUUCCUGAAUGGUUGGACGUCCGAGUGGGCACGGACGACCUCCCUGACGCCUACCGAGGACACCCUGUGGCUGCAGAGCACCUUCGCUUCAGCAUUGUGCGCAUGGCCAGCUGUAUGUGCGCGGCAUACUUUGAUGAUGAGCUUUCUGUUGAAUUCUUGCGUGACGCGGACGUGUCACAGGCUAAGGUUCGUGACCGUCUUGAUGACGUCACUCAAGCCCGAGAGAUGAGUCGGGAUGAGGCUGGCAAGCUUCGGGGAGACUUGCAGUGGCUUUUCAGUACCUGUACGGGCUACUCCGCCAAGUACGCGGGGCCGCUCUUGACCCGCUUCCAGACAGGUUCAAGCCCUUUGCUGUCUGAAGCGGACGUGCUGGUCUUGCAGUCUCUUCGAACGCUGGCGCUCACCGCGGCACCCAGAGAAAUCCGAGUGUGGGGGAAAUCGAGUCCUUGCACCCUCGUGUACACGGAUGCUUCUUUCGAGUCCUCGGAGCUUCGUCUGGGCUGGAUCAUAUUCCUGCCGCCGCCAUGGCGACCGCAUGGAGGUACGUGCGUCGUGCCGGACCAUGUGGUGCAGCAGUGGAUUCCGCGCAAGCAGCAGAUUUACCUUGGUGAGACCUUGUGUGCUCUCGUGCUUCUUUUGCUGUACCCUGGCCACUUCCGCGACACUGAUUGCCUGUGGUUCAUUGAUAACCAAGCUUCUUUAGUCGCUUGCAUUUCGGGCGGCAGUCGAGAGCAGGAUGUUCAUGAGGUUGCACACAUGUCUGCCAUACUUCGAUCCAGACUCGGCAUGCGCAUCUGGUUCGAGUGGGUGGACUCUGACUCCAAUCCAUCAGAUGGAUUGAGCAGAGAUGGGCUCUGCGACGUUUGGUCGCAAGCUCAAGACUGGCACCUCGAAGAAGUGCCUUUCCCAGUUGCCGCAGAGCGGCAUAGACUUCAGGCCGACUUGCUUUUGGAGUGA